GCUCCUUCCGCCCCGGGAGUGGUGGCGGCGGGCGCGGGGCGCGCGGGAGGCCACCCGGCCCUCCCUUCCCUUUAUUCUCUCCCCUCGGCUCCCCCUCCGCCCCUCCUCCCACACUCUGCCGCCUUCGCUCUCCGCAGAGUUGCCUGGCACCUUCCGCGACGAGUUUGGAGCCGCCCCACCGCAGAGCCCACGGCCCGCCGAGCACGAGCGACGCAGGUGCCCGAGCCCCCGCGCCGCCGCCAUCUCUGCCUUUGCCAAGGUCUUCUUGCUACUUUGGAAACUAAAGGGACCGCGACGGAAACCAAUUUACUCUUUUUCUGGUGUACUUCUCUGAAGUAAGAUGAUUUGUCCAAAGUUCUCUGUGGCUUUGUUACAUUGGGAAUUUAUUUAUGUGAUAACUGCAUUUGACUUGGCAUAUCCAAUUACUCCUUGGAAAUUUAAGUUGUCUUGCAUACCACCAAAUACAACAUAUGACUUCCUCUUGCCUGCUGGAAUCUCAAAGAACACUUCAACUUUGAAUGGACAUGAUGAGGCAGUUGUUGAAACGGAACUUAAUUCAAGUGGUACCUACUUAUCAAACUUAUCUUCCAAAGCAACUUUCCACUGUUGCUUUUGGAGCGAGGAAGAUAAAAACUGCUCUGUACAUGCAGACAACAUUGCAGGGAAGGCAUUUGUUUCAGCAGCAAAUUCUUUAGUUUUUCAACAAACAGGUGCAAACUGGAACAUACAGUGCUGGAUGAAAGAGGACUUGAAAUUAUUCAUCUGUUAUAUGGAGUCAUUAUUUAAGAAUCCUUUCAAGAAUUAUGACCUUAAAGUUCAUCUUUUAUAUGUUCUGCUCGAAGUGUUAGAAGAAUCACCUCUGCUUCCCCAGAAAGGUAGUUUUCAGAGCGUUCAAUGCAACUGCAGUGCUCGUGAAUGUUGUGAAUGCCAUGUGCCUGUGUCAGCAGCCAAACUCAACUACACCCUUCUUAUGUAUUUGAAAAUCACAUCUGGUGGAGCAGUUUUUCACUCACCUCUCAUGUCAGUUCAGCCCAUAAACGUUGUGAAGCCUGAUCCACCAUUAGGUUUGCAUAUGGAAAUCACAGACACUGGUAAUUUAAAGAUUUCUUGGUCCAGCCCAACACUGGUACCAUUUCAACUUCAAUAUCAAGUAAAAUAUUCAGAGAAUUCUACAACAAAUAUGAGAAAAGCUGAUGAGAUCGUCUCAGAUACAUCUCUGCUUGUAGACAGUGUGCUUCCUGGGUCUUCAUAUGAGGUUCAGGUGAGGGGCAAGAGACUGGAUGGCCCAGGAAUCUGGAGUGACUGGAGCACCCCCCUUACUUUUACCACACAAGAUGUUAUAUACUUUCCACCUAAAAUUCUGACAAGUGUUGGGUCUAACAUUUCUUUUCACUGCAUCUAUAAAAAUGAGAACAAGAUUGUUUCCUCAAAAAAGAUUGUUUGGUGGAUGAAUUUAGCUGAGAAGAUUCCUCAAAGUCAGUAUGAUGUUGUGGGUGACCAUGUUAGCAAAGUCACUUUUCCCAAUAUGAAUGCAACCAAACCUCGAGGAAAGUUCACCUAUGAUGCAGUGUACUGCUGCAAUGAGCACGAGUGCCACCAUCGCUAUGCUGAGUUAUAUGUGAUUGAUGUCAAUAUCAAUAUAUCAUGUGAAACUGACGGGUACUUAACUAAAAUGACUUGCAGAUGGUCAACCAAUGCAAUCCAAUCACUUGUGGGAAGCACUUUGCAGUUGAGGUAUCAUAGGAGUAGCCUCUACUGUUCUGACGUUCCAUCUGUGCAUCCCAUAUCUGAACCCAAAGAUUGCCAGUUGCAGAGAGAUGGUUUUUAUGAAUGCAUAUUUCAGCCAAUAUUUCUGCUAUCUGGCUAUACAAUGUGGAUUAGAAUUAAUCACCCGUUGGGUUCACUUGAUUCUCCACCAACAUGUGUCAUUCCUGAUUCCGUGGUGAAACCGCUGCCUCCAUCCAGUGUGAAAGCAGAAAUUACUGCAAAAAUUGGAUUACUGAAAAUAUCUUGGGAAAAGCCAGUCUUCCCAGAGAAUAAUCUUCAGUUCCAGAUUCGCUAUGGUUUAAGUGGAAAAGAAGUACAGUGGAAGAUCUAUGAGGUAUAUGACACAAAGUUAAAAUCCACCAGUGUCCCGGUGCCAGACCUGUGCGCAGUCUAUGCUGUCCAGGUGCGCUGUAAGAGGCUAGAUGGACUGGGCUAUUGGAGUAAUUGGAGUACUCCAGCCUACACAGUUGUCACGGAUGUAAAAGUUCCUAUCAGAGGACCUGAAUUUUGGAGAAUAAUUAAUGAAGACGCCACUAAAAAAGAGAGGAAUAUCACUCUGCUCUGGAAGCCUCUGAUGAAAAAUGACUCAUUGUGCAGCGUGAGAAGUUAUGUGGUGAAACAUCAUACUUCCCGCCAUGGAACAUGGUCAGAAGAUGUGGGAAACCACACUAAACUCACUUUCCUUUGGACAGAGCAAGCACAUUCUGUUACAGUUCUGGCCGUCAAUUCAAUUGGUGCUUCUUCUGCAAAUUUUAAUUUAACAUUCUCAUGGCCCAUGAGCAAAGUAAAUAUCGUGCAGUCACUCAGUGCUUAUCCUUUAAACAGCAGUUGUGUGGGUCUUUCCUGGCUGCUCUCACCCAGUGAUUACAAUCUGAUGUAUUUUAUUCUUGAGUGGAAAAUUCUUAAUGAAGACCAUGAAAUUAAAUGGCUCAGAAUCCCUUCCUCUGUUAAAAAGUAUUAUAUCCACGAUCAUUUUAUUCCUAUUGAGAAAUAUCAAUUCAGUCUUUACCCCAUAUUCAUGGAAGGAGUGGGGAAACCGAAGAUAAUUAACAGUUUCACCCAAGAUGGUGAAAAACACCAGAAUGAUGCAGGUCUAUAUGUAAUUGUGCCAAUAAUUAUUUCCUCUUCAAUCUUAUUGCUUGGAACAUUGUUAAUGUCACACCAAAGAAUGAAAAAGCUAUUUUGGGAAGAUGUUCCAAACCCCAAGAACUGUUCCUGGGCACAAGGACUUAAUUUUCAGAAGAGAACGGACAUUCUUUGAAGUCUAAUCAUGAUCACUGCAGAUGAAUCCAAUCUACCAACUUGCCAUCUACUCUAUAGAGUAUUAGAAGAUUUUUACAUUUCGAAGAAGGGGAGACAAUGUAAACAAAUUUGGUGGGAUUCUUGAGAACUAAAAUGUGGUGGAUUAUGUUGAUUUAGAACUUAAAAUAGAUGGGUGAAUUUGAGGUCCAAACUAUAGGUCUGAAUCCAAUUCAGUUUGGAUGUAUGAUUACUUUUCAAGUCAUCUAAAGUCUAAAUAGUAAUAUUUAGGAGAUCUGGCUUUUGCUUUGUCAUUUGCCUGGUCAUGAAACAUUAAAAAUUAUAACUGUUGCUCUUACUACAUAUCUAUUAGAUAUCAUCAAACAUCUAACAGACAAUGUUCUAACUGGAUGAGAAUGGCAACUUCUGACACAUUGCAAGUACAAUGGCUCUAAAUAUAGAAUACAGUAAAAGUGUUUAUGUUUUAUGUCCAAAAUUUUCCACUUUAUAUUCUUUUAUGUACACUUUAGCCUAUAAACUGACUGAUUUGAGUAGUCUUUUGAAUGUCUUGUGGCGUUUAUAUAUUUCUAAUUUUGAUUAUUAUAGGAAUUUUUGUUUUUGAUAGCCUUGAAAAUGACUUAAGUCCUGAUUUCCCUUUCAGUUUAAAGCAAGCCGGAAGUUACUGUUUGUUCUGGUCAAAGGCCAGUAGAAGUUACAGUUCAUAUCAGGAUGACCCGACAUAUGCCGGUCAGAUUGACCAGAUCAGAAAAUACAUCAGCCUCCAAUAUAGACUCCUUGUGAAAUUUUUGACCAGAUUUACUCUGAACCACCCAAAGUUUCUGGCAGGCAGGGAAAUGGGCAGUGUUGCAAAAACGGAGACUCUCUGGAGCUUUUAGAAAUAGUUCAUGGCAAACACAGGACUUUACUCCCUGAGCAAAAGGCCACCUGCUGUUUCUGUGGACUUGUGUGUUAUGUUGCUCACAUUCAAAAUAAACCAAAGCCUCUGUUUGAUGAACCCAUAUGAUAGUCAAAUUUAGGCUACGGAAUGGAGUACUUACAUUUAGAUUUCAUGCAUAGUUUGACUCGAAUGUUUAAAAAAACAACUAAAAAUCACAAAGAAUGUGCCUUCCCCCCCUUCAUUGACUUUUAAUAGAUGUCAUUGGAAUGUAAAAUCUAAGUGCGAAAAUAUGAAAGGAUAUUCUUUAAUUCCUGUCAGCUGAAUACAUAUUUAGUAUGCUUCCAGACUGUUCUAAAAUAGUUGAAACUUAGAGGCAUAUAGUGGCUGAAAUGAUUUUUUAAUAAAUAUACUUUUAAUAAAAGUUUGUGACCCACUGAUAAAAUAUGCCUUGAUAAUAUAUAGACGUAUAACUUCUUAUUAAUUAUUAGUGAAAUCUCUCAUCAAGUGCAUUUGAAGACAUGCACAUUAUUUGGCAUCCGUGAUCAGUUGACAAUUAUGAAGUUUUAAAGGGCAUGAAAUAUACCAAAUGUCAUUUGAAGAACAUGUGUUCGACUGCAUGCUAUGGUCUCUCUGUGUGUUUUUUUUAAUUUUCAUAUUGAAAGCAUGCAAUUCCUUUAUAUGGAGAUCUUAAUUUCUAGGUUCAUUUAAAUUUUAAGAGAUUUAAUACACAAUAGUAGUAACAUUUAAAAGAACCAAAAUGAUAGAUUGAUGCCAGUUGACUAGGGUAUUUAGCUGUUGACUAAAAGUUUCGUGGGUAUGUAAUCCCACCAAUCUAGCCAAAAAAAAAAAAAAUCAAGAAAAUAUUUGAAAGAACUUAUAAAUCUAAUUAUAGAUUUCUGUCAGAAAGAAAAUAGGCACAGGGACACUUUUCAUAUAUUUUGUCCAUAGAAUAAUAGAAGAGGUUGUGUUAAUAAAGUGUUUGUUAUUAUGCAGUAUUUUAAUAUCUGUACAAGUCUAUUCCAUUAUAAAGCAUCUGGCAUAUUUAUUCCUUUAUGAUUAUAAUCACCACUAUAUUUCAUUUAAGAGUUCAAAGCUGUGUUAAGUGAAUUGUGUUUUUAUGUGGAAUAUAUUUGCCAUUAUGAAGAAUAGUUGGUUAUAUUGUUAUUUCAAGCAAUUAAUUAGAAUUUAUUCUGUCAGUUUAAAAUCAUAAAAUUCAAAAAUUUAAUUCUAUAUGUAACAUAUAAAUAGAAAUUUCUAAUGCACGUCAUUCAGUUGUGUUAAUUUUUCAGUGUGAUGUGUCCACAGCAUUCUUUAUUUUGCAUUUCUUUUUUCAAUAUGUUUACAUUGUAUGAGUUGAGCUUUUGCACACAA